GGAAAGAAAAUGCAACGUGUGUGAAACAAAAAGUGGAGAUAUUUAGACCGUGGCCGCGAAGAACCGCUAAAUUUUAUAAAACAGAGUGCAGACAAAGUUAUACGUUGAACUUGGAAAGAUUAAUAUGUUGAUAAAACGGUCAGUUUGUGUCUUUACAACACAUUUUAAUCGAAAUUUUUCAAAGAAACUUCUUGGGAAUCAGAAAGUUCAAGUUGGUGAUGAUGCAACUGCAGGCUUCAGUUUAAGUCACAGAUGUUUUCACAAUACCCCAAGAUGUAAUGUGGCUAAAUUGAUCGAUGGUAAAGCUAUAGCCAAACAGAUUAAAGAUGAAGUAAAAGCAGAAGUUGAUAAAAUAAUAUCAUUAGGUCAACGACCUCCACGGCUUACAGUUUUACUAGUCGGUGAUAAUGAUGCUAGUGUUGUUUACGUUAAAAAUAAAAUAAAAGCUGCACAGUAUACAGGGAUUAUAAGCGAUACAAUAAGACUACCGGAUACAGUUAAAGAACAUGAAGUAAUAGAAGAAAUAAACACUUUAAAUAAUGAUCCUCUUUGUGAUGGGUUACUGGUUCAACUUCCUGUUCCUCCCCAUAUAACUGAACGUCGAAUCUGUGAUGCUGUUGAUCCAGAAAAAGAUGUUGAUGGUUUUAACAUUUUGAAUAUUGGGCGAUUUUGUGUCGAUGAAGAGUCUUUUGUUCCUGCUACUCCAGCUGGUAUCAUGGAAAUGUUACGAAGGCAAGGUGUUGAAACAUUUGGUAAGAAUGCUGUAGUUAUUGGAAGAUCUAAGAAUGUUGGUAUGCCAAUAGCUAUGUAUUUACAUGCUGAUGGUGAACAUGGAAAUAAAGCAGGUGAUGCAACUGUUACAAUAUGUCAUCGUUACACGCCGCCAGAACAGUUAAAAGUUUUUACAAAAACGGCUGAUAUAAUAGUCAGUGCCACAGGUAUACCAAAUCUAGUAACUGCCGAUAUGGUGAAAGAAGGCGUGACCGUUAUAGAUGUAGGUAUUACCAGAAUAACAGACCCACAGACUGGUAAAUCAAAACUUGUAGGAGAUGUUGACUUUGAAGGUGUACGAGAGAAGGCAGCUCAUAUAACACCAGUACCUGGCGGAGUCGGACCAUUAACGGUGGCUAUGUUAAUGAAGAACACACUGACAGCUUAUCAAAAGUACAGCAAAUAUACCAAAAACACUUGAUGAUGGAACAGAUAUUGGUUGGAUUCAUUUUUUUAUAGGUUUUAAAACUUUUUAGGAAAUUUUUGUUGUAUAAACUGAGAUUUUAGAAAAUUUACAAUGAUCACAAAAAAAAAGUUGAUCCAUUUUUACUAGUACUCGUCGAUUUAAAAUCAUUUGUACCUUCCAUGUUUAACAAUGGCAGCUCCCUGUUGUCACGGAAACAUUAAAUUAAGAUAUAUUAAACGUACAAUAUUCCAGGCCCCGAGUUCACAAAGCAUUCUCAGACUUAGUAAGGAAUUUACUCAAACUUGAGAAUUUACUCAAACUUGUUCACCUUAUUUUAACUAAAAUAUAGCCCUUUAUAAAACUUUUGUUGUUUUAAUGUAUCAAAUACAUCAAUAAGAAACUAGGUGCAAAGUUUUGUGUUUCUAGAUCAAAGAUAUUUCUCAUAAAUAGUGAAUAAAAGUUGAGUAAAUUCUUAACUUAUGUCUGAGUAUACUUGGGAAGUCGGGGCCAGACUAAAAACCAAAUAGAUUUUAAGACAAUACACAGUAUAAAGUAGUCUUGCUGUAUCAUGUUGUUUUAUAUUAAAUUGAUUCCGUAUUUUACUUGGACCAUGACAAAAACAUACAUUUCCAAUUCAUUUAAUAAUAGAUUAAUUUUUUAUAUAUAUUUCAAUUAUUGUCCAUUCCCCCAUCUUUAACUGAUCAAUAUUUACCCGUACUUUUUUUUCUAGCAGCCACACCCAAUCUAGGUCUUUGGGGUGCCACAGCAGUUUUGGGCACUCUCGAGAGCUCUAGUUUGGGGCAGUCGAAGUGCUAAAGAGUUUAUUCCAAAUGAUUUUAUUUUCAAUUUAAGUAAUUGAAAGUUUCUUUUAACCCUUUAGCAAUACUUGAAAAUAUUGACUGCCCUGGUGUUUCUUUAAACCUACAUUAUGCAAGAGCUAAAUCUGCUUAUUGCAGGACUUUCUUAAGGCUUGAAAAGUUAUAUAAACUAUUAAAUGGACUUUUAUUAACAUGUCAAAACCAUAAUGAACUCUUAAUGCCAUUGGAUAUUGGCGAU